AUGCGUCAGUAUAAGUGCGUUCGCUGGCUCAUCUGCAUUUGUGUGAAGCUGAUCCAGGCAUUCAACAUCGCCUCGGAUCAGAUUGGCAAGGAUGCGGUCACCACCGCGAAGGUACGGCUGGAUGCGUGUAGUGCGGGGUUUGUACUGAUCGCUGUACUGGAUGUGGCGCUGUUGGUCAUGGUAGGCACCAUGCCUGGUUCACUCCUGGGAUGGCUGAAUCUGGACUCUAUGCCCUUGCCCUUCCGCAAGAAGCGGAGUUGA